UAAACAUCCUCUUCGUCGCUGUUCCAAAGGAGUCAUAUCCCUUCUCCAGAACCGGCACAGAAAGCCUCCCGACAGCCUGCCUUCUCGCCAGAAGCGCAACUAAACAGAUGUCGCAGCACCAAAGUCAUGAGCCAGAAUCUCCUUCUCCAUCUCGAGGCGCGGGCUCAUACCGCGACUCUGCCUCCGGGCACAAAAGUAGAUUAAUAACUCUUCAAGCGUUCCAAGCCAUAUGGCGGCACCUUAACGUCGGCGACGAAAAAACCCUCGGAGAGAACAAGGAUGAUCGUCGGCGUCAUUUCAACCCAUAUCUGCCAGCGAACGGAUCGAAAACUCGGGAUCUAGCGAGAGAGAGAGGAUAUCAAUGUGAAACGCCGGGUGAUGAUGCAGAUAACGUGUGCAAUGCGGUGUGGGCGAGGCUUGCGGUCUGCAAUGAGGUUUCCCGCCGCUAUGUCGGCCAUGCUAAUGACGAGAAGAGCUUGGGUAAAUACUGCGUAGACUGUUGUUUAAACGAACAUGUCCAGAGAGGGAUUGCGGUCUGGAAGCGUCUCGCCUCCGACAUGUGAGCGAUCGUGGAGGAACGUGACUGAUUUAGCGCACCUAAAAGGGAAAGCUAUAGUUUCAAAACCACGGACACCACAACUCAAUAAAAG